CAGUCAGCUGGUUGGGAAAGAAGGAAGGAGGGGCUGGACUUCCUUGCUGCUGCUGCUGCUGCUGCUGCUUCGGGUCCCACUUCGGUGCCUUGUCAACAGCCUGGAAGGGGGGCCUGGCAGGGCUUGGAGUGGGCCACUCGGGGUCGAGACCCCCCCAGACAGACCCCCCUUUCCCCUCCCCUUUCCCUCCCUUCAACCGGUUUUGGCUUUGUCCAGUUCGGCUUUGUCCGCUUUGAAGCCUGACUGUCCAGCUUUGGGGUCUGCCGGUCACUCCCCCUCUGUGACCCCGGCAUGGGCCCACUCUGCAAGGGUGGCGUUGCCCCAGCCAGCUUCAGGACUGAGGCAGAGCCUUGCUCAUCAUAAUCAUAAUCAUAAGCCUGUAUUUAUAUUCCGCCCUCUCUCUCUCCCCGAGGGGACUAGCUGGACUUUGGGGACAAUGAGGAGGACGGUGCUGCUCCGGCCACCCCGGUGAAGCCACCGCACCCACCGCCUCGUUCUCGUGGACCAUGAGUGGCGGAGGCAGGAAGAAGAGCGGCUUCCAGAUCACCAGCGUCACUUCGGACUACGAGCAGAAAGAGGGGCGGGCCGACCCCAAGGCCGGGCCCGCCGAAGCUGAAGGGGAUGGUGGCCUGCGGGCCAACGGUGGCAACAAUGGGGUGGCCAGAAAUGGCCCGUCGGCCCCCACCUCCCCGUUGACUGCCCCACCUUUUGCCCCUUCGCUGGUGUCCGGCUCACGCUUCCGGGUGGUGAAGCUGGACCCGGGCCCUGGGGAGCCCUACAAGCGCGGCCGCUGGACCUGCCGGGACUUCUACGACCCCGAGGCCGAGCCACACCAUCCGCACCCCUUUGUGGGUCGGUUGGCCGAAGCCGGGCGACACCCACAAUCCCUGGACUCCCGGCUGGAGGUGGCCGGACUCCUGGCCCAUCCCCAGGGGCCUUUCAGCCCACAGCCUCAACGCCGAGGAGUAGUAGGAGUUGGCGGUGCCUACGCCACCCUGCAGUCCCAGCUGGUGCUGCCCCCGGCCACCUCCGGCCACCAGGCCCGCUCGGUCGGCGGAGGCCUCCCGGUCCUGGUCCGGCCCCACAGGACUCCCCCCAGCCCGGCCUCUCUCCGCAGCCCCUUGGCCGUCGUUCCCAAAGAGGCCGGGGACCCUGGGACCCUUGGUGUUGCCUCCGUUGGGGCCCCAGCCGUGCCUACUUUGGUGGUGGAGGAGCACCUCUUGCCCAAGAGCGUCGCACAGCUGAUCCAGAGAGAGACCGAUGAGCGGCGCAAGGUCUCCCCACGGCAGUCCCGCUCGCGGCCCUCCUCGCCGGCCCCGCCGCUCUUCCGCGACGCCAGCCCCAACCGCAGAACCUCGGACCCCUUUGGGUCUUCGUCGCCCUCGUCGGCCCGCUUCAGCCUGGCCCAGUCCAUGUUUGGCAUCGACAGCGAUGACGACAGCGGAACAAACAGCAGCAUGAUAGCCAUAGACAACAAGAUUGAACAAGCCAUGGACCUGGUGAAGAGCCACCUGAUGUUUGCGGUACGCGAGGAAGUGGAAGUCCUGCGGGAGCAGAUCAAGGAGCUCUCGGAGCGCAACGCCUUGCUGGAGCAGGAGAACGCCCUCCUCCGCUCCCUCGCCAACUCCGAACAGCUGUCCCGCUUCCAGGCCCAACUCCACUCGGCCGCCAAGCCCCCUCCUCCUCCUCCUCCUUCCAGCGGCACCAGCGCAUGACCCGGAUUGGGGCGGGAGGAACUGACGAGAGACUGACACUAAGGACAGGGAUGGGGACGUGAGUGGCGGCCACUCCGGCCACUCCCUCCCUCACUAACGGAUUCCCGCAGAUGUGAACAGGGUGCGUGUGGGUGGGCAGCUUGGUACCGGGCGAAUGAUUGUGACGGUGUGUCUACACUAGGCAUGGGCCAGCUUGGGCUCUCUUGGUGUUUUGGACUGCAACUCCCACCAUUCCUCACAGCUUCAGGCCCUUUCCUUUUCCCCCUCAGCCGCGUAAGCGGCUGAGGGGGAAAAGGAAAGGGCCUGAAGCUGUGAGGAAUGGUGGGAGUUGCAGUCCAAAACACCAAGAGAGCUGAAGUUUGCACAUAAUGCAAUUUGACACCACUUUUAAAUGUCAUGGCUCAGUUAUGGGAUUCUGGGAGCCAUAUAAAGCCUUUAACCUUACCUGCCAAAGAGUGCCAAACUCCCAACUCGCAGGAUUCCAUAGCAUCGAGCAACGGCACCUAAAGUGGCGUCAAAGUGCGUUAAUUCUACAGUGUAGAUGCACCCCGUGUGAGAGAGAAAAAAGCCAGCCUUUUGGGGAAGGGGUUAUGUGGGGAGGGAGGGAGGGUGGGUGGAAAGGGGGCUACUAACACAGCAUGUGCCUUCAGUGGGUUGCUUUUGUCACCCCCUCCAGCUCUGGAAGAGGAUCGGGACCUUUGUCAAUUUGUCAAAUUGGGGAGGAGGGGUUGGACCCCAAUUUGGCCAUACUCCCCGACCCCCACCUCAAAUUUGCAAUGUGGGAUGAAUUGAUGGAUGGAUGAGGGAUUGCCUUUUGACACGAAUAGAUAUGGAAUGAGAUUGGGGUGGCGGGGAAGACACGGACCUCGGGGAAAGAGGGGAGCUGGUCAUCAUUUUAUAUUUACAGUCACUUUUGCAGUAUUUCAGGUUAUUAAAGUUUAAGAAACGGUUAA